AUUCAGUGACAUUACUGAACAAUGGUUAACAUGAGCUAUCAUCACUCCACACCAGAAAAUAAAAAUUCUCCGAACCACAGACAGUCAAGAAAGCGAAAUAAUAAAAGAAAAAGGGUGAGUGUUUUUUUUUGUCUAUUCUGAAUUCCAAGAACCGUGCAAAGGCUUUUUCGCUCUUUUCUGGACACGCUGUGCUAACUUUAACUUAUUCCCUAGCGGUGAGGGUUGAGGUUGUGGAAAAAAUACAAGCAGGGACAUGUUUUGGCAGAACUCCCAUGUCCGUUUUAGGAAAACAGUUGUUAUUCCCGUUUUAACAUUACGAGGUUUUCCUUUUUGUGUUGUGUUUUUUUUUUAAUAACAAUGUUCUUUCGAAUGUGGCGAAUUGUUGGUUUUUAAGAUGUUCGAUCUUGUCUUGAAUGUGAGCGUUAAAAAAAAGUUAUUCUAUUUUUAGUUACCUUUUUUUCACGUCUAUACCUGAAUUACAACCUAGGAGCCAAUUAAUAUUGAAAUAAUGUCAGUGUAAUUCAAGCUUAAUUUAAUAAAACCUCACACUGUUUCAGUGUUUCGCUAACCAAGACGUCCGUAUAUCGAAUGACUGGGACUGUCAGUUUAUAUAUAUAUAAGUUUAGGAAAUCGAUUAGGCUUCAAAUGUUUUAAUUCAUGUGUGUUCAUUCCGUACUGGUUUAGUACUACAAGUGAAUUUGACUGUUAAUUAUGCUUCCCAGGAAGCGUGAUCAAGAGCCUCAGACUGCCUUUGUGUGUCUGAUUCCAUUACGUAAUACAACCACCCGCACUCGAUGAACAAACAAGCCGAGGAAGAAAAUCGUCCUAUUGAGACAAGGUUUCAUUAAAAAAAAAACAUGCAUACUAAACCAUUUUUCUCCGAUGCUAGCUGCGAUAGUUUCUACUGCUUCCACUGCCUAGCGUCCAAUAUAUUUUCUAACACCAGGAGUAGAACGCCGAGUUUACUGUUUCGGUGUGUACAGAACAAUAAUUACAUAAAUGCUAAACAGAGAGGAGUUAUUGUUGUGGUCGCUCUCCUCUGAACUGGUAACGGAUUUGCCUCCGUGAGUUUGGAUAGUGGAAACUAACUUGAGCCAUGAGGGGAACAGUGUUUUUCUGUUCUUAUCCGCGCUGAGUAAAGGUAAUCAAGAAAUAGCACCAUGGAGACAAAUAGAGCGCCAUUUAAUGACAAAGUGUAUAGAUUUUUAAGAAACGUUUCAACUGCGCUGGUUCACCUGUGUGUCGUUAACGAGCUCCUUCCACCUGUGCCCCGUGCUCGAGCGCCUCCUCGCCGCGGGGUUAAGCGAGGGAUCAGCGCUGUAACCCAGACGACCGCACGGGGGCGCUCGCGAGCGACGCCGAUGUUUGCAUGGAAACCAGCGUGACCUAAAUUUCACAGUGGAUUUAGCCCGAUCGUCUCUGACACACCAACACCGCCGAAUCAUCGCCAGACUUGAUUAAAAGAGUGCAGCGCGGUGCGACAUGACAGCAGAGUCGAUGACGUUCUCUCCAUACCCCCCUGGCGUGGGGCCGCUGUGCGGGGCGGAGCUGGAGGCGUGGUACGAGGACCUGCAGGACAUCCUUUUCUCCGACACGGGGGACCUGAAGAGCGCUCAGCCGGACCACUGCCAUGAGAAGGAGCAGGAGUUCCUGGACAUGCUGGAGACCUGCUCCCUCGCCUGGCUGACAGACGGCCAGCUGUGGGCCCAGGGGGAGGAGCAGCUGUGUGCAGCGGAGCCCCCCCUGCCAGCCGGCGCGGGCGGGGACCUGCUGCCCCCCGAGUUCUUCGAGCUGCUGAGCGAGGGAGCAGGGGAGACGGCGGUGGCGGAAGGAGAGGGAGCCCUGGAAAUCGCAGGGCGUCUGCAAGGGCACCCCAAAGAGGAGGAGGAGGAGGAAGAGGAGAAAGAGGAGGAGGCAGAGCAGCAGCAGCAGCAGCAGUAUGAGGAGGAGAAAAACCAUCCCCACCCAUCCCCGGCCUCCAGCGAAGAGGACCCCCCUUCGCCCGCGGAGUCGGGGUCCCCCCUGCUCCCACCAAGUGUGAGCCCCCAGGGCGGCAGGGGGCUGGCCGGGCACAAGAGGAGGGGGCCCCAGUCCUCGGGAGCUGGAGCCUCCAAGAAGAGCAGGAAGGAGAGGGAGCUGGAGAACGAGCAGCGGGCGCAGGAGCUGGCGGAGCAGAACGAGCAGCUGAAGGCAGAGAUCGAGCGGCUGAGCGAGGAGGUGCAGCGCACCAGGCAGGCGCUGAUCGAGAAGCUGGUCAACGCCAGGAAGCCCUAGAGCGCCGCACCCUGGCGGCAGGAAGGAGAUGGGCGGGAGGGGGGCAGGUGUCGGGGAAUCUGCAGGGGGAGUCGUUGCCGUCCCCAUGGGGGGGGGCGACCCUUCCCUGUCUGGGGUGCCUGCGAGGGCGGGGCCGAGUGACCGACUCCCUCCUGACCCUGUGAGAAAUUAGCCAUCGCCAGGCCAUCGUCUUAUCUUUGUUCCUCUUAACCACUUUUUUUUUUUUUAAAAAAAAGAUCGGUUUACACUUAAUUGCAGAGGAAACGGGUGGGUUUUGCAGGGCUCCGUGGAAGGGAGGUUGAAACGCGAGGGAAUGUGGGAUAGGUGAAGUAGCGGCCAGACAGAGCGUCCUCGUGCUCUCUCUCGAGAGGCAGAGGACAGGGAGACAGAACAAUGAAGGUGUUAUGGAAAGCAGGAAAAGGGCAGGGGAAAUUUCCCAGCUUUGAUCGCAGCAAGAGACACAAACCUGGUUUAAAAUCAUGAUUAAAGAGGUGGGGAAAAUGCAUCUGUAAUGGAGGAAGAGCAGGUGGCUCUCCAGGGCCUGCAGCAUGGCUGUCUGAGGAAGCUGGGGUGAGAGCUAGCAGGCUGGGGCAGGGAUUGCGUGACUAUUGUUGACUAAAUACCUGGAGCGUGUGAAGAACUGGGUCGGUCGUGCCUCGAAAUGCAAUUAUCUGUACACCCCUACCUGGUUAACCUAACAGUCAAGAUUUCUUUUGUAACAUAUCCUACCAGAGUUUUUCCUUUUCCCCCCUUUUGGAAAACCGUCCAUGUCCCAGAGAGAGACAUCCCAAGUGAUGGUUGAGAACAAACGAAUGUCUCGGCCUGCAGUCGGGCAGUCUCUCUUGUGGAACGACUUGCUCGGAGUUCAGGGCACGUGCCGCUGUCAGGCUGCAGACUUCUGGCACCUUGUGCCCUCGAAACUAGGGCAGCCAGCUGUGCCAGUAAGCUAUAGUCUAAACAGCACACCAGCCCAGGCAAUUACAAAUACAUAACUUUUAUACUCCUGUAAUAGUGUAUCUUACUCUGUUAAUGAACCAUGAAACUGUAUCCUAGGUAUUCGCUCUUUUCAAUGUCUUGCCAAAGUGCUUGACAAAUGUAUCAUUUAAUGCCAUUUAAAAAACAUGCAUGCUCAAUGGCUCAUCUAUGUAUCUGUUAAUGUUACAUUGCAGUUGGAACUAAAAUACUUUUAUUGUAUACUGUUGUAAGCUAUGCAACUUUUUUUAAAUUAAAGUCUGGGUAAUACA